GUGAGUUUUCAGAAGUCUAACGGUCUUUCCAGAAUGGAUGUUUUAGCAGUUCCCCAAAAGAGAGAAGAGGGUUGGUACUUGUAUCUUAUGGCACCAAACACAAAGGGUCCAAAUUUUGCAUGGCUUGAUCCAUCAAGACUCUAUUGCAAUUCACAGGCACUGUUAGAUUGCGUAAAAGAUCUUCUCAAACCAUUCCAGAAUGAGACCAUUGACCUGGUGGCUGGAAUAGAUGCCAUGGGCUUCAUCCUUGGGUCAGCUGUGGCCAUAACUUUAGGAAAAGGAUUUUUGGCCAUUCGAAAAGCAGGACACUUAUGUGUUCAAACUCGUACUCAAGACUACAGCGACUACUCUGGACGAGAGAAACUAAUGGAAGUGCGCGUUGAUGUGUUAAAGCCAGGUCUGCGGGUUCUUAUAGUAGACCAGUGGAUUGAGACUGGAGGAACUAUGAGAGCAGCUAUCAAACUGGUGGAGAAUCAAGGAGCUACUGUUGUAGGCAUUGCCGCUGUGGCCAUUGAAAACAGUGAGGGAGGAAAGUGGCUAAAGGAAAACUAUAAAUAUUCCCACUGCAUUCCAAAUGAGAUGCAGUCUCAGAUAGACAGUCAAUACUUGGAGUCUUUUAAGAACUUUAGUGGCUAAACAUUAAGAAAUCAGGGGAAAAAAAUAGUAGGUGAAUCGGCCCUUGAAUCAUUUGCAGUUUGUGACAUGUAUUAUUGUAUGUGAAGAGGUAUGAAUCUUGUGAGGACUGAUCUCUUGAAGCUUGAAUGAAUUUGAUGCAUGUUCUAAGCAUUUGUCAUAUUGGUCAUAAAUACGUCUGUUGUUGUUGUUGUUACACUAAAAUACCAAUAGAGGUCACUAUCAGGUUGUAGCUCAGAUUUCUAACUUAUUACUAACAUGAAAAUGCUCAAAUGUGACCCUGGACUUAAGUGUCUUAAGUGUCAAUUUUUCAAAAUUGAGAUUUAUACAUCAUCUGAAAUAAAGCUGAAUUAAUUAGCUUUCCACUGAUGUAUGGUUUGUUGGGAUAGGACAAACUUGACCGAGAUACAACUAUUUGAAAAUCUGGAAUCUGAGGGUGCAAAAAAAUCUAAAUAUUGAGAAAAUCGCCUUUAAAGUUGUCCAAAUGAAUACCUAGCAAUGCAUAUCACUAAUCAAAAAUGUUUUUAGAUAAUUAUGGUAGGAAAGUUACAUAAUAUUUUCAUGGAACAUGAUCUUUACUUAAUAUUCUAAUGAUUUUUUUGCAUAAAAGAAAAAUCAAUGAUUUUGACCCAUAUUAUGUAUUUUUGGCUAUUGCUACAAAUAUAUCCCAGCGGACUGGUUUUGUGGUCCAGGGUCACAAAUAAUCAAUAAUGAUGAAUUUCAUGUAAAU